AUGUGUUCUCCAACAGUGCUUGCAACAGACUGUGACUCUGGCUCCAACUCUGAGAUCACUUACUUCAUCCAGAGCACUGAUUUUUCCAUCACACAUCACGGGGUCAUCAAUUCUAACCAGAGGCUGAACUUUGAGCGAGCAAACCAUAUGUAUGAGUUUGUGGUGAUAGCUGUUGAUAAAGGACAUCCCCCCCGGACGGGGACGGCGUCUGUGCGCAUCCGGAUGGCCAACGUGAACGAUGAGGCUCCUGUCUUCUCCCAGUCCAUCUACAGAACUUUCCUUUCGGAAGAUGCUGGCCCCAGCACUUUGGUGGCUACUGUUCGGGCAAAGGACCCUGACGGAGACGGUCUGCUGUAUCUGAUUACAGGAGGCAAUGAGGAGGGCAACUUUGAGAUGGAUAGUCAGAAAGGUAUCAUUAAACUUCGCAGAAACCCACCACCCAACCUGAAAAGGCCCCAGUACACACUGAACAUCACUGCGAUAGACAACAAUGCCUCGGGGGGACCCACCCCUCUCAGCAGUUUUGCUGAGGUUAUUGUAGGAGUUAAUGACAUUAAUAACAACAAGCCUAUUUUCAGAGAGUGUGCUUACUACAGUGACAGCACCUGGGUUCUGGAGAAUCAGCCUCCAGGCACGUACGUGCUGCAGGUGGAAGCCUAUGACGCAGACCUCGGCAUUAACGGAGAGGUGAAGUAUGGGCUCAUGCACCGAGAUGGAGCUUCCCUAGGCUUCACCAUUGACCCAGAUACAGGAAUCAUCACAACCACGCAGAGUUUUGACCGGGAGAAGCAGCGGGAGCACACCCUGCCCGUCACCGCCACCGACCAGGCGCAGGAGCCGCUGAUUGGCGUGUGUCAGAUCACUGUCCUCAUUGCUGACCUCAACGACAAUGAUCCCAAGUUUGAGAACAGUCGAUAUCAGUACUUCCUCAGCGAAGACACUCCAGUGGGGACAAGUUUCCUCCGGGUGGCAGCUCAUGACAGUGACCAAGGUGUAAAUGCUGCUAUCACAUACUCAAUGUUAGAGCACCAACAGGAAUACUUCCAGGUCAACCCCAGCACAGGCUGGGUGUAUGUGAGCUGCCUGCUAUCCCAGACAACAGGCAUUAGUCGCUAUAUUGUAGCAACAGAUGGAGGGAACAGGAGCAGCACUGUGGAGCUGACAGUAACUGUCACGAGUGCUCUCAGCCAGCCUCCCCAGUGGGAGCAGAGCAGAUACUGGGUAACCAUCCCCGAAAACACCAUUCGUGACACCAAGAUAGUGACCAUCAAAGCCACAGCCCCUCUUGGUGAUCCCAGGGUUACCUACAAUCUGGAGGAGGGUCAAGUUCCAGAGACUAACAUGCCAGUUCGUUUCUAUCUGAAGCCAAACAGAGCUGAUGGAUCUGCUUCUCUUCUAGUCGCUGAACCACUUGACUUUGAGACAACUAAGUUUUUCACCCUGACGGUCCGGGCACAAAACGUAGCAAUGACUCCUUUAGCCUCCUUUACCACUGUCUGUGUGAACAUAACAGAUGUCAAUGAUAAUGUUCCAUUCUUUGUGUCUUCUAACUACGAGGUGUCUGUGCCAGAAGGAGCUGAUGCUGGCACAUUCGUGGUUCAGGUGUUAGCUACGGACUUGGAUUCUGGCUUACAUGGAGAGGUUCACUACUUAAUACUGAAAGAUGCUAGUGAGGAUUACAAGUUCUUCACCAUUGAGCCUGAGACAGGAAUUAUUUCCACUCGUGUAUCUUUUGAUAGAGAGAGAAGAGCCUCUUACCUGAUUGAAGUUCAGUCUCAGGACUCUUCAGAAUCUGCUAGACCUGGUGUUCAUGGGCAGCCCAACACAGACACAGCCUAUGUGAGGAUUUUUGUCAGUGAUGUGAAUGACAACGCUCCGGCAUUUCCUCAGUCAGCGUAUGAGGUCAGCAUAGAUGAGGACAGGGAUGUUGGAAGUCCUGUUGUGACAGCAACAGCAGAUGAUAUAGAUGAGGGUGCAAAUGCCAAACUAAGGUAUCAGAUCACAUCAGGAAAUGUGAAAGGAGUUUUUGAUGUGGAACCUGAAGUUGGAACUGUCUUCAUUUCUCAGCCUCUGGAUUAUGAGCAAGAGCAACGUUAUGAGCUCCGGCUUGUAGCUUCUGAUGGAAAAUGGGAAAACCACACUCUUAUCCUCAUCAAUGUUGUCAAUAAGAAUGAUGAAGCACCAGUCUUCACUCAGAACGAAUACCAGGGCAGUGUCUUGGAGGAGCUCACAGAUCUGCCUGUACUUGUCCUAAAGGUCUCUGCAACAGACCCUGACCGAGCAGCUGAUCAAAAGGUCAUUAACUACACCCUGCACGGCCAGGGGGCGGGUAGCGAGUUCAGCAUCAGCGAGAGCACGGGCGAGAUCAGCGCCCAGAGGAGGUUAGACCGUGAGAAGCGAUCCGCGUGGCGCUUCCUCGUGCUUGCAACGGACGAGAGCGGGGAGGGCCUGACUGGCUUUGCAGAUGUCAUCAUAGAAGUGAGGGAUGUGAAUGACAAUGCACCCCUCUUCCUCUGUGUGGUGGAUGGCUGUUUCACGGGCCACGUCCCUGAGGAUUCUCCAGCAGACGCUCCUGUCAUGGACAUGACAGCAGUGGACCUCGAUGACCCAAAGGCAGAUAGGAAUGCUGUGCUAACAUACAGCAUCAUUCAGAAUGUCCAAAAUGAAAUUAAUCUGAACUUGUUCUCAAUUGACCCAGUUAGUGGCACGAUCUAUACAGUGCUGGGGUCCCUGGAUCGGGAGAAGGAAAACAAGUACAUAGUAGUGGUUGAGGCCAGAGAUGGAGGGGGGCUUAGUGGGACAGGCACCGCCACUAUUUUGGUGACCGAUGUAAAUGAUCACGCUCCAGUCUUCCUGCAAAAGAUCUACACUGCAUUUGUCUCUGAGAAUGCAAGUAUAAACACCGAGGUGGUAGUAGUGUCUGCUGUGGAUAGAGAUGAGGGAGAAAAUGCCAUGGUGACAUUCAGCAUCCUAGAUGGGGACAAUGACCGGAAGUUCUCCAUCGAGACAGAUGAAGUUAGUAACUGUGGGUUUAUCCGGCUACGAAAGCGGGUUGACUUUGAGAACCCUCAUGAGAGGGUGUUCAAUUUGACUGUGAAAGCAGAGGACAUGGACUUCUUCAGCAUUGCUUACUGCGUGAUCUAUGUGGAGGACUCCAAUGACCAUGCUCCUGUCUUCUACCCCCAGUUCUAUGAAGUGACUGCGUUGGGGGAAGAUGCAUCUCUUGGCACCAAAGUUGUUCAGGUUUAUGCCAUUGACUUGGAUUCUGGCUUGAAUGGAAGGUUUGCUUUCCACCGGCUGAACAAGUCUGACCCAGGUGGCCAGUUCUCUGUGGCUAGUGAUGGGUGGGUGAUGGUUGCAGAACUGCUGGAUUAUGAGACAACGACACACUACCAACUCAUUGUCAUUGCCACUGAUAUGGGGCAGCCCCCUCUGACUGGCAGUGCCACUGUUUUAGUGACUCUGGAGGAUGUAAAUGACAACGGGCCAGAGUUUGAGGCUCAUUAUAACCCAGUGGUCUGGGAAAACACAGCUUCCCCACAGGUCAUUCAAAUGAAUGAGACCUCUAUGUUGUUGUACGCUAAGGACCGUGACACUGCUGCUAAUGGAGCACCUUUCUCCUUCCACCUCCUCGGCGAUCUCAAUAGCCUGACUAACUUCCACUUGCAGGACUUCCACAAUGGAAGUGCCUUGCUCACCGCGCUGCGUACCUUUGACAGGGAAGUGCACAAGGUGUUCUACCUGCCCAUCCUGAUCACUGACAGUGGGAUCCCGCCAAUGAGCUCCACCAACACCCUGACUGUGAAUAUCGGGGACCAAAAUGAUCACCCGCAUUCUGCUGGCUACAUGGAAUGCCUCAUUUACUGCUACGAUGGUAUUCUCCCCAUGAUUGUACUGGGCAAGGUCCAUGCCCCUGAUGAUGAUGACUGGGAUCACAAAAUCUACCAAUUUGAAGGGAAAACAUCAAGGUACUUUAUCCUUAAUGAUAACUCAGGUUUGCUGACUGUUAAAGAAGGAACCCCACCAGGAACGUACAACCUAAGAGUUAGAGUCAUUGAUGGAGUCUGGCCAGAUGUUGUCUCAACUGUAAAGGUUAUAGUGAAGGAAAUUAAAGAUGAUGCCCUCCAUAAUGCUGGUUCUAUACGAAUAAAAGAUAUCACUCCAGAGGAAUUCAUAUCCCAGUCUCCUGAAAAACAAAGUAAAUACUACCAGAUGAAGAAGCUGCUUUCAGAAAUUAUAUCAGUCCAACUGGAAAACGUGCACAUUUUCAGUGUGUUAAAUAGCCCAAGUCAAACCCGAGGGGUUGAUGUUUGGUUUGCAGUUUAUGGUCCACCGUAUUACAAAGCAGAAAAACUUAACGGCAAUGUAGCAGCUUCCAGAACAUGGCUGGAAAACAUCUUGGAUAUAAAUAUCACCCAGAUUGGUAUCGAUGAAUGCGUGACUGCAAACUGCACUCACAGCAGUGGAUGCAUCAGCAAGCAUGAACAGAGUCUUGUGCCAACGAUAGCCACAGCUGGAAGUGUUUCAUUGGUGUCUGUGACGGUCCUGAGUCGUGCCCUGUGUGGCUGUGCAGCUCGGGAGAGUCCUCAUCUCUCCUGCUCCUCAUACCAGGCAAACCCUUGUCUCAAUGGUGGCACAUGCACGGAUACUGAUUUGGGAUACAGGUGCAAAUGUUCUGCAAAUUUCCACGGACCAGACUGCCAGCAGACAAAGCACACCUUCAGAGGCCACGGUUAUGCCUGGUUCCCUCCUCUUAAGCCUUGCUUUGAGACCCGCAUCUCCUUAGAAUUUAUCACUGAAGUCACCGAUGGCCUUCUGUUGUACCAUGGACCAGUGGCACGAGGGCAGCCUGGAGAACGGGAAGAUUUCCUUGCUUUAGAGCUGUCUGGUGGUGUCCCGUCGCUGACCGUGAGCCAUGGCUCUGGUGAGCUUUUCCUGGAGCUGUCACGAAAAGUUAAUGUUGCAGAUCGACGCUGGCACAAUAUUAAAAUUAUAAAUGAUGGAAAGAAAGUGAAGCUGAUUCUUGACAACUGCGUAAAUGCCUCAGUUCGAGACAACAGUGGCAUUAAGAAGAUCUCCCAAAUAGAUCUAUCUUCCUGUGAAGCCUCUGGAGAGACUGUGGAAUCUCAAAGCAUGGGUAGACUCUUCAGUGGCCAUCAGCCCCUGCAGCUGGGUGGAGUUAAGACUUUGCCUUACCACAAUUCACAAAGGCACUUCAGAGGGUUUGUUGGCUGCAUACGCAAUGUCAUUGUUGAUAGUAAGGUCUAUGAUUUAGAGCACCCUGCAGAGUCCUUGAACAGCGCUCCCGGCUGUGCCCUUACGGAUGAAGUGUGUCAGAGGGGUGGGGUGGCCUCCUGUGGCACCCAUGGCAAGUGUGUUGGUGGUUGGGAUUUCUUCCGCUGUGACUGUUCCCCGGGAUAUGCUGGACCAAUGUGUGAAAAAGUUCUUCCAGAAUGGGCUUUUGGAAGGGACAGUUGGAUCCAUUACGAGCCAAGAAGCAUCCUCAGCACUCAUAGCACUCAGCUCCAGCUGAUGGUGCGCACCCGUAUCUCCCACAGCACUCUUCUCAGCUUGGCCUCUGCAGAUGGGAAUGGAUACAUCCGACUGGAGGUGGUUGAGGGUUUCUUUAGUGUUAACUUCAGCUUGGGAGACAAAAAUCACUCUCUGAGAACGAGGACGUUACGUAUAAACAAUGGCCAGUGGGUUCUUCUGACCAUGGAGCGCUACAACAAUGAAUUUACCCUGCGUGUUAAUAGUGGUGGAGGUGAUCAAGAAGUGACCUCUGUCUUGGGUACAAACAGAUGGUUUGAAAUGGAUUGGACGAGCGUUGUGCUAGGAAACCGCCUUCCCAAUCAUUCAGAGAGCGAUUUCCAAGGUUGCAUGCGUGACGUCCAGCUGAACGGCCAGCCGCUCCUCGUGGAAGGCAGAAGCACAGAGUUUGGCUUGAUCCUGAGGCGGCAAGGUGUCACGAUGGGAUGCCAUUCCAGUGCCUGCAGCAGCCAGCCCUGCUACAGCCCUUUCCUUUGUGUGGACCUGUGGAGAAAAUACGAAUGCCGCUGUCCAGCUGGGAAAGUAGAAGUGACUGACAACCUUACAGGGCUCAGACACUGUACCUCAUCACCUUGUGGACACUGGAACUGUAGGAAUGGGGGUACUUGUGUGGUUCAAUCACAAGACAAGACUAUCUGCCAAUGCCCUGAAGGUUACAGAGGAAGAUGGUGUGAAAUUAGCCAGGUGAAGGCUAUAAGACCAGUUGGACUCAGCUCUGGCUCUAUUCUGGCAAUCAGCAUGUGCCUCCUUGUCUUCCUAGCACUCUUAGUCUCUUACACGGUGUGGAGUCAGUGGGGAAGUUCAGGGUUUCGAAAAGGAGGAAUUUACCACAUUCCUGAAGAGCAUGAAAGCUGGGAGGAUGUUAGAGAAAAUGUCUUCAAUUAUAAUGAAGAAGGAGGUGGAGAACAUGAUCAGAAUGCUUAUGAUAUAGAUGAACUGAAGAAACCUCUCCAUACCAUUUCCCACUUCUCCUUGAGUGCAACUGCUCCACAGUCCAGGACACCCACUGGCUUGAAAAGAGACUCACUCCCAAAACAUGCACAUCAAAAACAAUCACUGUCAGAUGUUACCAGCAUCCCAGACUUCAGGGAAUAUGUUUCUCAAAUCAUCUGGGAUGCAGACAAUGAUCUACAGAGUCUUCCAGCUGACACUAUUCAUUUUUACUGCUUAGAAGGGCAAUGCUCUCUAGCAGGGAGCCUUAGUUCCUUAGACUCCAGUAGUGAUAAUGAAGAUCUAAAUAACGAUUGCCUCCAAGAAUGGGGGUCAAAGUUUGACAAGCUUAAAGAACUCUUUAAGGUCUCAAAUGAACAUUUGUAACCAGAGUUAAAGGAACUUGACACUUUACCAUGACAUAUGGACACUACUUUUAAAAAUGACCUUUUUAUAUAUUAAGUAUAUCAAGU